AUGGCACCGUUCACUCGCGCCGCUGUCGAUUCAACACUUGCCCCUGCAGUUCAGCUCCUUAGGAUCACAGCUCGACCUUCAGUGACCCCGAACCGUCUCGGUUCCCACCAGCGAAGCGACGCGCAAUAUGGGACAUUAAAUACUUUUGGCUGUCUGCGCCGACCCUCUCGGCUUACACGUCCGAAGUCGCAGCCCAGCCAAUUAUCUCUGUCGACACUCGAAACACAUAAUCGAAGAGAGUUUCAUACUUACUUUGUGACACAUCUGCCUUCGUCUUCCGUUCAUCCCGAUUCUCGUUCGAUAGGACCCGGCCACAAGCUCCCUCGCGAUGCUGCAACCCCUCACACUCCAAGUGCUGGGCCUGUCCCCGCUGUCGCCCCGCCUUACAUCCCGUCAACCCGAGAUUUGACUGUAGUACGAAUUCCAAUGCGGAGGGCAAAACAUCAUCUGGGAGUCGCGACAGAUCGGGGAAGCCGUCCCUAUAACGAAGAUCGAGAACAGGCUGGCACAAUCAGCCUUCCAGCCUUUGCCAAGAGGGCACCCAGGAGCGUAAAGCACAACCCAGGAGAGGCUACAGCUGCGGACAGCGCUUGGGGAGACCCUCAGAUAUUUUACUUUGGUGUUUUUGACGGACAUGGUGGUAGCGAAUGUGCUGAUUUUAUCCGCGAUGAGUUGCCAGGGUAUAUUGAGAAGGCAUCGGAAGAAUUCGGGCUUCAGAGCAGUUUGCGCAAGAAAAAACCAAGUCGUGAAGGGCAACCUGAGAGUACUCCCUCGACGAAACGCGAGGCUCUUGAUGCAGUCCACAUGAAAGGACCGGAAGAGGUCAGGCACGAAAUGAAUGUACCUGAUACAAACAGCGGUGCUAUCUCUGAAAAGCCAGUGCAUGGAGAGCGAAUACACAGUGCAACAUCACCGCCCGCCGAAGUCUCAGACCUUGCAAAAGCAAUACGUAUGGAGAAGAACUUGGUCAAGGAAUACAGAGACACUGUCGGCGGUUACUUCAGGCGCUUUCACCCCGAACACUUUGUUCUCUCACGAGAUGAAUUCGCUGUAGAAGGACGCAAGAUUACGAUCGAAUCGGUGCUUGCGUAUGCCUUCUUACGUGCGGAUCUGGAUUUUGUAUCAGCCCAAGCACGAAAGGUCGACCCCGAAGAUGCGAAAGGAUCCGAUGAUACCCCUGUCAACAACGACGAGGUCUUUGGCCACCCGUCUACGCCCUCUGGUCAUGGCAUAGGAGGUCCGGCAAGAUUCAAAGGAGGUUCUACGGCCUCGAUAGCCCUCAUUUCUACACCAACGCCCGCCCCCUUUUGGCAUCCAGCAGCCCAGAGCACGUUACUUUGCGCGCAUGUUGGAGAUAGCCGUAUACUUCUUUGCGACACCGCUACUGGCUUAGCUCAGCCUUUGACAUCCGAUCACCAUCCCAGUAGCCCGACCGAGAGUCGACGGUUACGACGAUAUGCACCUGCUGGAUCAAUGGUUUCUGGCGAUAGUUUCGGCGAGGAACGCAUUGCCGGCUUGGCCAAUAGUCGCGCUUUCGGAGAUAUGAAAAGCAAGCGCAUUGGUGUCUCGGCUGAACCAGAGCUUACGCGGGUUGAGAUGGGCCCUGCACAAUACUCUUUCCUUGUCCUAAUGACGGAUGGUAUUUCAGGAACUCUUAGCGAUCAGGAGAUCGUCGACGUUGUUAAAGAGGCUCGCACGCCUGAGGAUGGCGCUCGUAACAUCGUCAAGUAUGCCACCGAAGUUUCCUCCGACGGCGAUAAUGCGACAUGCCAAGUGGUACGCCUGGGCGGCUGGGAGCGUCGAUCUGAAGGUGGACUGGGAAGUCUUGGGACCAAGGAGGUCCGUGAUGCCCGCAUUGCAGAAGCUCAAGAUCCACGACGAGGGAAGAGGUGA